UUUACAUUAUGACGUACAUUUUAAUAACGCUAAUGCGAAUUUAAACUGAGUGUCGUUAAAUUAAAAUAUAUUGGUUGUCAUCAAAUGAAAAAGCCGUUCCGAUGGGAGGGUCUUAUUCAACUGAUGUGGGAUAUAAAAUACUCAUGAUUGGACCAGCUGGUUCAGGAAAAAAUUUCUUGCUCCAAGCACUGACUGUGGGAGCUGACAACGCUGUAAACGAAACACACACACCGGGUUUCGAGACCGCUAACUUGAAUUCCCGUAGGACUAAGAUAUUGUACAUUAUCUACAACCUUUCUGGAGAACCGGCCUAUCGUAAACUGUACAAAUACUUCUAUCCGGGAACUGAAGGGAUAAUCUUCAUGGUGAACUGUGCUGACCCGAAUAACAUACGAGAGGCCAGUGUUGACCUGGAUAUGAUACUGGACGCUAGAGAAUUGCGAGGACUUCCAAUCUUAGUAAUAGCAAACAAGGUGGACCAUCACGGUGCGAUGGAUAUGGAACAACUUAAAACUCAUCUCAGACUGGAAGCGAAGCUGGCCAGAAGGUUUUGGUGGAUCUGUCAACUGAGAAAUAGAUAUCAGUUUGAUGUAGAUAUCAUUAUGGACACAUUGGAUAAUUUUGUGCAACCAAGGCAUUAAAUAUAGGAAUAAAAAUGAUAGUUUGUCGCAUU